CCCACACUCCCCACUACUCUCUUCUCCUAUCAACUCUCUCUCCACCACCUUCUUCUUCUUCUCCUCCAUAACUGUACCUACCCUUUUCUCACUUCCACCAGAGAAACAGAGAGCUCUCUUGUCUCGCCCAUUAAUGCCUCGCACCCCAAAAGCGUGAGCCACGUACUAAUAUUAUCAAACCCUCAAUCGCACUAUACCAUCAGUACUACUAAACUCUACUAUUCCUUGCGGUAACUAAAUCAUCAAGAUCGUCGAGGUUUUGAGUUUGUGUCUUCAAAUGGAGCUGAGUAAGGUGACGUUGGAGAUCUUCACGAAGCUCGAGCAGCAAUGGCUCUCUCACUGUGAAGCCUCCAAGAAGACUCGCAUUCUCAGCAUUGACGGCGGAGGGACCACCGCCAUUGUCGCCGGUGAAGCUCUUAUCCAUCUCGAGGACCAGAUCCGUCUCAAGACCGGCGAUCCCGACGCUCGAAUCGCCGAUUUCUUCGACCUUGUUGCCGGGACCGGCAUCGGUGCCGUCCUCGCCGCCAUGCUCGUCUCCGACGACGGCUCCGGUAGGCCGUUAUACACUGCUAGGGACGCUGUAAACUCGGUGGCUGGGAAGUGCUCGAAGCUGUUCAAGGCUAGGGCGGUGGGUGUCUUCCGCCGCGGAAGGAGAUUCUCCGGCGGAAGUAUGGACACGGCGCUGACGGAGCUCCUGGCCAGGGAGGACGGCAAAGUAUUGACGUUGAAGGACACGUGUAAGCCUCUCCUGGUUCCUUGCUACGACCUGAAGAGCUCCGCGCCGUUCGUCUUCUCCCGCGCCGACGCUUCUGAGUCGCCGAGUUUCGACUUCGAGCUCCGGAAAGUCUGCCGCGCCACGUCAGCAACGCCGGGGCUGUUUAAGCCGUUCGACCUGAGCUCAGUGGACGGGAAGACGUCGUGCUCGGCUGUCGACGGUGGUCUUGUCAUGAACAACCCGACGGCGGCCGCUGUGACGCACGCGCUGAACAACAAGCGCGACUUCCCAUCCGUGAACGGCGUGGAGGACUUGCUCGUUCUGUCCUUGGGGAACGGCCCGUUGAGCGGAAGGAAGCCCCGCCGUAACGGCGAGUGCUCUGCCUCUUCCGUCGUUGACAUUGUGUUUGACGGCGUCUCAGAAACCGUUGACCAGAUGGUUGGUAACGCCUUCUGUUGGAACCGUACCGACUACGUCAGAAUUCAGGCCUUUGGAUUGGGUAGUGAAGGAGUAGUGGGGCCGAGAUCGGUGCGAGGAGAGGUGUUGAAGGAGAGAGGAGUGGAGACGUUACCGUUUGGCGGGAAGAGGUUACUGAAGGAGACAAACGGAGAGAGAAUCGAGGGUUUCGUUCAGAGACUCGUGGCGUGUGGAAGGAGCAGUUUGCCACCUAGUCCGUGCAAGGAUUCCGCCGUCGUUAGCCAACUCGCUAACGACCGUUAAUUAGCAAUGGAAUUGUAAUUUGUAGGGGUGGCAAUGGUAUAGAAAACCAUUCCAACCAAUUCGUAUACCAACCGUACCAAAUAUGUUGGUAUACCAAAUACUUGGUACAUGGUAUAUGGUACAGUAUACCGUACCAAUAUUAAAAAUACGGUAGGUAGGUGGUAUAGAUUUUC